UAUCCCACUCAUUGGCACUAUAACGGAUGAAGCGUUUUCAACACAUAACAAAAUGUUAUGGCUCCAAUGAUUGCCCGCCGUGAGGAUUGCAUGUUUGAUUAUAACAUAUGACAUUAUUUUUUUGUGAACAAUUUAUAACGUAAAAGGGUACAUGGAUAUAAAUUACUUAUGAUUUAAAUCAGAUAAAGCAAAGUCAUUGAUAAUGGCUUCAAACUUCAGUUCUUCUUUUAACCAAACUUCAGAUUUGAUUCAUGACUUUGCCUGCUCUCUGUGUAAAGACGAUGGUUUAAACAGUGAAGCUCACUUUUGCUGUGAUGAGUGCAAGAAAAUUUACUGCAAGAAAUGUAUAGAAUUUCACAGUAAACUGUUCAGGACACAUGUAGUGCUAGGAAAACAAGAUGUGAGUAAGUGGGUGGGGUAUGUAGGACUGAGCCCUCUGGAGGCAUGUGACAAACAUGGUGACAAGAAGCUUGAACUGCUCUGUGAGGACCAUGAUGAGCUUUGUUGCCACAUUUGUGUCUCUCUCACUCACAGGAUGUGCCAAAAUAUUAGUCUCAUUUCUGAUGAGGCAAAAGGAUGUCGAAAUUGGAAGGAAUUCAAGAAAGUACAAACUGAUGUCAGAGAGAUGACAAAAGAACUCAAGAGUCUGCAGGAUAACAAAGAAAAGAACAUCAAGUUUCUGGAGAAGGAUGAAAAGAAAAUGCUCACUGAUAUCAAAUCCUUAAGGAAGAAAAAUAAUGAUAUGUUUGACACUGUAGAGAAGGGAAUGAUUCAAGAAAUGGAUUCAAAGUUGAAGGAACAUGGUGAUGCACUCCAAGAGGACAAAUCUAGGUGCAAAACUCAGUAUGACAAACUUGAAACCUACUUAAAGAACAUGGAAUCUAACCAGGUUAACACCAGUGCCUACAUGGCCUAUAAGAAAUGCAAGGAUGAAAUGAAGGGAGCAGAAAACUUGCUGAAAGAAAUGUCUGCCAAUCCUGAUGUGAAACUGGCUUUCCAAGCUGAUCCAGGAAUUGAAGAGGUCAUCUCUAGAACUCAGACGCUUGGGAAAAUAUUUAAUCAGAAUGAUAAGAUUAAAGUGCGAAACCUACGCCAAUACAAUGUUAAGAUUAAAGAAGAUAAAAAAUUAUGUUGCAUAACUGGUAUAUGUGAGCUGCCUGAAGGAAAGAUCCUCAUCACAGAUCACAAUAACUGCAAAGUAAAGCUGCUAGACUCCCAGUUUCACAUGAAAGACACAUGUCAUCCCCCUUCUGGACCAAGAACUAUCUGUCACAUUGAUGGCAACAAAGCUGCUGUACCAAUAGGUAACAAAGGUGUGUGCAUUAUCACAGUGGCAGGUUAUACACUCAGUAUAUCCCAGAAAUUAGAAAUACCACAUUAUUGUCUCGGUAUUUCUCACCACAAUGGUACCCUCUAUGUAGGAUCUGAAACAGAAAUUUACCAGUACACAAUGUCAGGUCAGCUGGUGAAAAAGAUACCGGUAUUCGAAGACAACAGUGCUGAGACAACAGUGGACAGAUUCACAGUCAGUAGAGAUGGCUCCAAAAUCUACAUUCCUGCUUCAUAUCAAUGUAAGCUUAUCACCAUUGACACAAGAGGGAACAUUCUGUCAAUGCUUCAUUACCCUGACAAAGUUGAGCCUAGGUAAGUGACAGUGGAUAUUUGUUUGUCUGCUUUAAGGAUUCCUACAACGUGAUCCAGGUGGACAAGGAGGGCAAACAGCAAAUUGGCAUACUGGCCACACAAGAUGAUGAAUGUCAGCUUCCUUUUUCAGCAUGGUUCAAAAAAGGAGCAUAAAAGCUGAUUAUUGGAGGACUGUCAAAUAAUGUGAUUGAUUUAGAGAUCAUAUAAUACUAUGUACUUUUACAGCCGGCCAUUCCCAAGAAGGACCAACUACUAAGUAAAUAAGGUGCAUAAAAACAUGGAUGUUCUGUUUGGAAUUAAGAUUCCAACUGUAAUUAUGUUAACAUCCAGGGAUAAUAUCUAUCCAAAGUAAUGCAAGUCUGUGAAAAGAAAGAAUCUAAUGAACUUAAAUGUUAAUGUACAUUGAAUUAGUGUUUGUCCAAGGCUUUUUUGCCCAUAAAUUGAAAGGCUAUAUAAAACAAUCAAAUCAGGAAGACUAGGGGUCAUAUCAUGAAUGCCUUAGCGAAAAAUUCCCAUUUGAUUUGAAGAGAAGAGUGUGAUACAGAGAUAGUGAAAAUAGUGAAAUCAGUAACUUGUUUUUCCUGCUUUAUUGAAUUAUAAUAAUUGAUGUAGUUUUGUUGUUGUUUGUUUUCGAAGUCAGAUAGGCCUGUUUUUUUUCGAUAAUACAUUUUUAAAUAACCAAUCAUAAUGCUAGGCCUAGAAUAAAGAAUAUUUGUAAUACAAUUUUAUCAAUAGGCUUGAUCUGUACAUGCAUUUUGUUACAUACAUGCAAAAAAAACUAAUGUAAAUAGAUGUCAUUUAUGUUUAUGGGACAUACCAACCACAUGUUUUUGCAGAUUUCACACAUCGCCACGAUUUUUCCUUACCGCAGACCUUAUCAUUAUAAUCUAAAUUUCACUUUACCCCGCAUUAUAAGCAUAACGCCCACUGUGUUGAUUUGAAUUAAUUUUCGGCGUUCCACUACCUAGAGUCAAUGCUAUACCCGGCGUGGCGAAGAGUACAUUAACGAUAACUAAGGUAGCUGUCAAUUUUCUGGAGGUUAUUGCUUUGUUCCAGUCCUAUUAAUAUAAUUCUUUUCAGUUUUUCUAACUCGUACAAACUUUACAAAUUUUCUACAAAUACCUUGGUUCAUACUCAAAAUGUAGUUUAAUCCCUGAAAAUUAAGCUAAAAUGCAAUUGUGAAAGUUUUCAGUCACUAUUGUCACCUUAUUUACACUAUAAACGAUUAAUAUGUAGAAGAUAACCAAGACUACAUUGUACAACCAUUAAACUGAAGUCUUUAAAUUAUACACAUAUUUUUAGCAGACUUGAAUUAUACAUGUUUAUUAAGUUCUCAUUGUAUAUACAUGUUAUGUUAUCACUAAUCAAUGUACUAUUUUGUGGUGGUUUUUAACCCUUACCAUGCUGCAAUGUUGUAAGUGUAGUUCAGUGCUCACUGCUGAGUUGUUUUGAGUGAAUGUUAAAUAUAUCACCCAUUGACUUUAAAAGAAUACAAUUUAAAUAAUACUUGUUCUACAACAUUCAAACUUUCAGACAGUGAUA